AUGACGCUGAUCGUGGAGAUCGAGGGUGUAUUGAAUACCCGGCUGUUGACUUAUGGUACCUUCGAUCGUAAGCCAAGAGAGGAAGAAAUUGUAUUAGUGGAUGAACCGGAAACUCUUCGAGGCUUGUGGAAGUUGGCAAGGAUAAAAGAACUCAAAAGGGGUAGAGACGGAGUGACAAGAAGCGCAGUGACAAGAAGCGCUGACCACAAAGUGUAUAAUAUGGGAGCAUCAAAGUAG